GGUCUCCCGUUCGCUGCUCUGCGUCCUCCGCUCCUGGAGGCCCGGCCUCCGCGGCCCCGUUGCCCGCAGGUUCUGGGAGAUCCACAGCUAAGACGCCGGGACCCCCUGGAAGCCCAGAAAUGACAAAAGGAAAUAUGGAGUCUGUUCGGUUAUGUGAUGGAUUUGGGGCCAGAGGAAAGCUAUCACAGAGGCCUGGCCUGGAAUGGAACCCUGGGCGUCUGGGAAUGGGAGGCUCUGCUCUGCGGUACACAGGCUGUCACACUGCCCAUUGUCCUGUGAUUCUGGGUCUCCUUCCAUGAUGAGUUUUGCUCUGUCACCUGGGCUGGAGUACAAUGGCAUGCUCUCAUCUCACUGCAACCUUCACCUCCCGGGUUCAAGCGAUUCUGCUGCCACAACUUCCCGACUAGCUGAGAUUACAGGUCAGAAAAGCUGGGAAAAACACAGGCUCUUCCACUUACUGGAUGUUUCACAAAAUAUUCUCCUUGAGCCGAAAACAUUGUCAUUACUGGGACCACUGACAUUUAGGGAUGUGGCCAUAGAAUUCUCUCUGGAGGAGUGGCAAUGCCUGGACACUGCACAGCAGAAUUUAUAUAGGCAUGUGAUGUUAGAGAACUACAGAAACCUGGUCUUCCUGGGUAUUGCUGUCUCUAAGCCAGACUUGAUCACUUGUCUGGAGCAAGGAAAAGAGCCCUGGAAUAUGAAGAGACAUGCGAUGGUAGCCAAACCCCCAGUUGUGUGUUCUCAAGACCUUUGGCCAAAGCAGGGCAUAAAAGAGUCUUUACAAAAAGUGAUACUGAGAAGUUAUGGAAAAUGUGGACAUGAGAAUUUACAAUUAAGAAAAGGCUGCAAAAAUGUGGAUGAGCAUAAGGUACACAAAAGAGGUUAUAAUGGACUUAACCAAUGUUUGACAACUUCCCAGAGCAAAAUAUUUCAAUGUGAUAAUUAUGUGAAAUUCUUUCAUAAAUUCCCAAAUUCAAGUAGACAUAAGAGAAGACAUACUGGAAAGAAACCUUUCAAAUGUUGUAAAGAAUGUGGCACAUCAUGUUGCAUACCUUCACAACUAAUUCCGCAUAAAAAAAUUGCUACUAGAGUGAAUUUCUAUAAAUGUAAGACUGGUGGCAAAACCUUUAACCAGUCCUCAAAUCUUACUAAAUAUAAGAUAAUUCAUACAGAAGUGAAUCCCUACAAAUGUGAAGAAUGCGGCAAAGCUUUUAACCAGUUCUUAACUCUUACUAAACAUAAAAAAAUUCAUACUGAAGAGAAACCUUACAAAUGUGAAGAAUGUGAUAAAGUCUUUAGUGUAUUUUCAGUCCUUACGAAACAUAAGAUAAUUCAUACAGGAACGAAACCCUACAAAUGUGAUGAAUGUGGCAAAGACUUUAGUCUGUUCUCAACCCUUACAAAACAUAAGAUAAUUCAUACUGGAGAGAAACCCUACAAAUGCAAUGAAUGUGGUAAAGCCUUUAACUGGUCCUCAACUCUUACAAAACAUAAAAGAAUUCAUACUGGAGAAAAACCCUACAAAUGUCAAGAAUGUGGCAAAGCUUUUAACCAGUCUUCAACACUUACUAGACAUAAGAUAGUUCAUACUGGAGAGAAACCAUACAAAUGUGAAGAAUGUGGUAAAGCCUUUAAACGGUCCACAACUCUUACUAAACAUAAAAGGAUUUAUACUAAGGAGAAACCAUACAAAUGUGAAGAAUGUGGCAAAGCCUUUAGUGUAUUCUCAACCCUUACUAAACAUAAGAUAAUCCAUACUGGAGCAAAACCUUACAAAUGUGAAGAAUGUGGCAGUGCCUUUAGGGCAUUCUCAACCCUUACUGAACAUAAGAGAGUACAUACUGGAGAGAAACCCUACAAAUGUGACGAAUGUGGCAGAGCUUUUAACUGGUCCUCAACUCUUACUAAACAUAAGAGAAUUCAUACUGGAGAAAGACCCUACAAAUGUGAAGAAUGUGGCAAAGCUUUUAACAGAUCCUCAAACCUUACUCGUCAUAAGAAAAUUCAUACUGCAGAGAAACACUACAGACCUAAAAGAUGUGACAGUGCUUUUGACAACACCUCACACUUUUCUAGACAUAAAAGAAAUCAUACUGUUGAGAAAUCCUAGAAACGUGAAGACUGUGACAAAGCCUUUAAGUGGUUGUCACACUUGAUUGUAGGUAAGAUAUACUAGAGAAGACUACUAGAAGUAUGACGAAUGUGGCAAACAUUUAAUUCUCGCACCUUAUUGCACAGGAAAGCAUUUAUACUUGAGAAAAAUUGUAUAAAUACAAAGAAUGUGGAAAAGUCAUUAAUAUCUGCUGACAUCUUAACAUCAGAGAGUUGGUAGUUACUAAAAGCAUUAUCAAUGCAAUUACUGAUAAAAGAUCUUUCAGAAAAUGCAAGCCUGUAAAGUGAAGCAGACUAUUUAUUUUGAAGAGAAACAUUAAAAAUAGAGGUUUGUGAUACCUUCACAUGUAUCACAGAUCUUAUCGUACACAUUGCGUACUAGAGAAACACCCUAAAGCAGUGGUUCAAACUUUGUUCAGUACCAGGAAAUUUGUAUUUGAGAAAAACCCUAUGAAUGCAAUGAAUUUUGAAAAAAUUUUUUCCAAGAACUACAGCUUAGAAAACACCAGAGGGAUUAUAUGAAAAUUUUUUUAUUGCAAAUACAGUAAAUAUGGGGAAAAAAGAUGCAAAAUUUAGUUUAUGUAAAUAUCGGAGAAUUCACAUUUCAAGUGUCAGAUAUCUAAGAUACUGACACUUCAGAAAUUACACAAAGAGUGCUGAGUACAGAAAAUUAUCCAAAAUGAAAGUUAGUAGAUUAAUAGAAGUGAAAUUUUUUUUUGCAGAGGUGUAUUUACAUUCAGAGCACACUUUUAUUUCAAAGAAAUUACAGGUUUUUUGAAAAGUGAAUAAUGAUGUGAUUCAACUCUCAAAUUCAUGUUGUCAUUUCUAUUCACAUGUGAAAGAAUGUGAUCAACUGUUGCUGUAUCAAAGAUAUGAGAGUUUUUUUUUUUAGGUGGGCAUUUAUUACCUUCUGUGGAAGAGUUUCUAUUAAAGUGAAAGACGCAUGAUAAAAUCUAAGUGAAGAGGCUCUUGUGGUUAACUGAUAAUAUUGAGCAAUGCAUGAGGUAGGUGUUCAGAGUAAUAUUCUGCAUUAAUAGUGAAAAAAUUUCUUAAUUUUUAAAUAUUAAUAUAUCAUUUGACUAAUUUUACUUUUCUGUAAUGCAGUACAUUUCAGAAUUUUAGAUCAUAUAUGAACUUUGAUUUUUAAACAUAUUUUAACUUUAAGACCAUUGUGCAUUCAAUGAAGAAUUAUGCCACAAACGUUCACCUAUCCCACUUAAUUAUGCAGGUAAAAGGUAAUGAUAGCAAUAUUCUAUUUGGUUACAUAGUGGACUGAUAUCUUUAGUAAUCUUUUUUUGCCAGUGGCUUUAAACUGCAAAUAAGUUAAAGAAUAUGAUUCUCAUAGGGUUUACAAUUUUUAUUUUUUUGUUUCAAUAUAUUCUUAUUUUUCAUGAGUACAUAGUGUGUUUUUACAUUUAUGCCACAUAUGGCAUGUUUUGAUACAGGCAAUAUGCAAUAAUAUGCAAUAAUUACAUCAGGGUAAAUGAAAUAUCCAUUACUAGCAUUUAUCCUUUGUAUUACGAACUAUUCAAUUCUAUACUUUUAGUCAUUUUUAAAUGUAUAACUAAAUUGUUACUGCCUACAGGAUUAUCUUUAGGGUCAUAAUAAAAAUUAUAAAAGUUAUUAAAUAAAAUACAUUUCUGAGUCCUGAAUACCUAAAAGAAAAAUAAAUAACAAUUUUUUUUUCUUUUUUUUUGAGACAGAGUUUUGCUUUUAUUACCCAGGCUGGAGUGCAAUGAUGCAAUCUCAGCUCACCACAACCUCCGCCUCCUGGGUUCAGGCAAUUCUCCUGCCUCAGCCUCCUGAGUAGCUGGGAUUACAGGCACGUGCCACCAUGCCCAGCUAAUCUUUUGUAUUUUUAGUAGAGACGGGGUUUCACCAUGUUGACCAGGAUGGUCUCGAUCUCUUGACCUCAUGAUCCACCCACCUCGGCCUCCCAAAGUGCUGGGAUUACAGGCUUGAGCCACCACGCCCGGCCAACAAUUUUUUUAAACAUGUGGCCUCUCUGCCUGCAAAUAUAUAAGGACUUUUAGUUUUGAUUUACAUAGAGGUAAAUAUACAUAUAUAUUGCUUGAAAGAUAACCCUUAGCUGUAGGAAAAUUGUAAAGUAUACUUGUGUAUCUGUACCAAUUUUCAGAAGAAAAGAGCAAUAUUAGAACACAAAAAUAAUUUAAAUAAGGUGACUAAUUUACUAGGAAACAAAAAACCUCAAAUGCUAAAAAUAAAUCUAUACUGUCUGCUUUGUAUUGAAUUCAUUACUGUAAAAUAUUAUGGCUUAUAGUUCAGAAUCUCCCCAUGCAAAUGUUCUGUUUUUACUUGCCUGGUACUCUUGGUAUAGCCGUGUAUUUCUUUAUUCUUACAAUUUCUUUUAAACCGUUUAUGAAGUAUUAUGUGAGUUGGUCAGGGAUUAUAACAGUGAUUUUUAUAAAAGUAGUAUACAAAAAGUAAUUUUUAGAUGUAAUUUUACUAUUAGCAUAUUAAGUUUUAUUUGGUUAAAACAUUCUCUCAUUUUUUUAAUUAGAGAACCCUAUGUAAUCCUACUUUUUAAAAGUUACUGUUUAUUUCACUUUUCAUAAUUGACAUAAAUCAAUUUAUUUAUUGCACCAGUCUGUUGAGUCAGGUAAGUACUAUGGAGGCAUCAUAAGUCAUGCGGAUACUUUGAUAUACAAACAUAGCAGACAAACAUGACAGUGCUUGCUGUGUAACCGAUGUUCCAUAGUAAGACAUAACUGUUCUUCCUGAAGUUAGUUUGUAAAUUCAAGUCAGAAAUGAAAUAUAUCAGUGGUAAAACAGUAACAUUGAUUCUUCACGUGGAGAGUACAUUAUUUCCAGGUAGCAAAGCUAAGUCCUGCUGAAUUUAAAGAGGAAUCCUGGUUAUUUUAUUUUCUAAUUAUUUUCAGUUUUGUUUCUCUUAUUAUAUGUAUUCCAACAAUCACAGCCCUUUUUUUCUGUGUUAUGGCUACUGUUGCAGUGAGCCGAUAUCGAGCCACUGCACUCUAGCCUGGGUGACAGAGUAAGACUCAGUCUCAAAAAUAAAAUAACCUUUUACUCAUUUUAAUAGUUGUUUUUUAUUGUAUCGUCAUUUGACUUACACACACACAUGUUUUGAGACAGAGUCUCACUCUUGCCCAGACCAGAGUGCAGUGGUGUGAUCUUGGCUCACUGCAGCCUGCCUCAGCCUCCCAAGUACCUGGGAUUACAGGCAUUGCAACCAUGCCCAGCUAAUUUUUGUAUUUUCAAUAGAGGAGUUUCACUAUGUUGGCCAGGCUAGUCUCGAACUCUUGGCUUCCCAAAGUGCUGGGAUUAUAGCAUGAGCCACCUCUCCUGGCCAAGUUUCUUUUUUUUAUAUAUAUGAACAUCUUGUCACAUGUAUGGUUUGCAAAUAUUUUGUCCCAUUUUUUAGUUUUCUUGUCCUAUCUGUUGUGUCAGAUUUUUUGCAGCAGUUUUUAUUAAUAAUUUGAAGUAAUAAUGACAUUUAUUUUUCCUUUGAUUCCCUGGGAUGUUGAGGUUAAAUCAAAAGUUACUGCCUAGACUGAUGUUAUGGGGCCUUUAUAUUUUUAGUAGUAGUUUCAGAGAUUCCACCCUGACAUUUAAGUAUUGAAACUAUUCCUAGUAGAUUUUUAGAUAUGGUGUGAAAUGAGGAGGGUCUCAUUUUACUGCUGUGCUUGUGGCUAUAAUUUUCUCAACACCAUUUACUGAAGAUACUGCCCUUUCCCUAAGAAAGUAACUGUAAAUACAUGGAUAUCUUUUUUCUCGUUACUCCUCUAUUGGCAUAUGUGUCUGUUUUUAAUGCAAGUACCAUACUGUUUUGGUUACUAUAGCUUUGUAGUGCAUUUCAAAUCAGGUAGGGUAAUAACUUCAGCUCUUUUUUUUUUAACCCCUGCUUGACUGCUUUGUUCAUACAGGAUCUUUUAUGGGGUACCAUAUAAAUUUUAGAUACGUAUUUUUACAUUUUUUAUUAAGUAUGUCACUGGUAUUUUGUUAAAGGUUGUGUUAUAUAUGUAGAUUAUUUUGUGUAAUACAGAUAUUUAACAAUAUUAAUGCCAAUUCAUGAAUGAAUGUACAAUUUUUUUAUUUGUGUAAUAUUUAAUUUCUUACUUUAAUGUUCUUUAUAAUGUAAUGUGUUUUAACUUUUUGGUUAACUUUAUUGCAAAGUAUAGUUAUUAGUUAUUGUGGAUGAGAUUGCUUUUUUUCUUUUGUUCUUUUACAUGGAGUCUCACUCUGUCACCAGGCUGGAGUGCAGUGGCAUGAGCUCGAUUCACUGCAACCUUUGCUUCCUGGGUUCAAGUGAUUCUUCUGCCUCAGCCUCCCAAGUAGCUGGGAUUACAGGCAUGUGCCACCACACCCAGCUCAUUUUUGUAUUUUUAGUAGAGAGACAGUUUCACCAUGUUGCCCAGGCUGGCCUUGACCUCCUGACCUUGUGACCCACCUGCCUCAGCCUUUCAAAGUUCUGGGAUUAUAGGUGUGAACCACCGUGCCUGGCUGGGAUUGCUUUUGAUUUUAUUUUGAGAUAGUUAAUUGUUCAUUAGUGUAUCGAAAUGCUACCGAUUCUCAUUUUGUUGAUUUUGUAUUCUGCAAGUUUAAUAAAACUAUUAGUUCUAGAAUUCUUA